AUGAGGGAAGAGAGAGAAGCCGCCGCCGCCUCCCAGCAUGGACCUAGCAAACUCCCCCAGCAGCCGCCGCAGGACGGCAGCGGGCUGGCUGCCCCCGUCGCCCGCCCCGGGAGCGGCCCGGAGAGCCUGCGGAACGGCUAUGUGAAGAGCUGCGUGACCCCCCUGAGGCAGGACCCCCCCAGGGGCUUCCUCUCCCUGCUGCUGCUCCCCGCCGCCUCCCCCCGGGCUCUGCUCAGCCUGGGCGCCCUGGCCGCCUUUGUCCUCUCGCUCCUGCUCUCCUACGGCCGGAGCAGCCCCUGGGGCCAGCAGGGCGAGAGCGGCUGGCGGGGCCCCUCGGCGCUGCGCACCCUGCUGGGACUGUCCCACUGCCUCAGCCCCCUCUUCAGCAUCGCCUGUGCCUUCUUCUUCCUCACCUGCUACCUGGCCCGGGACAAGCGCGAGGAGCCCGGCGGCGGCGGCGGCACCAGCCUCUGGUGGCUGCUGGCUCUGCCCCUCUGCUGUUACUCGGGGGACUUCGUGGCGCUGCAGUGGUUGUUACCAGCGGAAGGGCACCGAGACUUGCCGCAGGGCCCCGCCGAGCUGCAGAUGGUGGCAGGCCGGCUGCUGACCGUGCUGGGCUCGGUGGCGGUGCUGACCCUGCUGCAGAGCACCCUGAAGCUCCGCCGAAGCCUCUUGGUCUUAGUCUUCUCCAGCCUGGUCUGGCUGGUCUCGCUCACCAGCCUCAGCUCGCUGCCCCCAAGCCUCAGACCGCUGCUGGCUGGCUCAGUCGGGGUGGCCGGCUGCCUCCUGGCACUGCUGGGUUGGCAGCGCGGCAUCUUCUCUGCCCAGAGCCAGGGAGCACAGCACCAGCAUCACCACCCGCGGCUUCCCAGCGUGGAGGAGAAAGUGCCUGUGAUCAGACCCAGGAGGAGGUCUAGCUGUGUGUCCUUAGGAGAAACGCCAACCAGCUACUACGGCAGCUGCAAAAUGUCCAGGAGACCCUCGUUGCCUUGUAUUUCCAGAGAACAGAUGAUUCUUUGGGACUGGGAUUUGAAACAAUGGUAUAAACCCCAUUAUCAGAAUGCUGGCAGUGGAAGUGGAGUUGAUCUUUCAGUACUAAAUGAGGCUCGCAACGUGGUAUCAGACCUCUUGAUCGAUCCAGCCCUUCCCCCACAUGUGAUUUCUUCCCUUCGAAGCAUUAAUAGUUUGAUGGGUGCUUUCUCUGGCUCAUGCAGGCCAAAGGCUAACCCGUUCACACCAUUUCCUGGCUUUUACCCAUGCCCUGAAAUGGAGGACACAGCUGAAAAAGGAGAUCGAAAGCUGCACAAGGGAUUAAAUAGCAGGAAUAGUUUACCAACACCACAGUUGAGACGAAGUUCAGGAGCUUCUGGCCUGCCACCUAUUGAACAGUCAUCUUCUAGGUGGGAACGCAAUAAUGGCAAGAGACCUCAUCAAGAAUACAAUAUUUCAAGCCAAGGAUCCCAUCCAAAUGGGCCUUUCAGUACAAACCUACUGACAAUACCAAAACAAAGAUCAUCUUCGGUGACAUUGACUCAUCAUAUAGGUCCCAGACGAGCUGGUACUUCCCCUAGCCUGAGUCCUGUUGGUUCAUCUAGUCAUGGUUCUAUCUCCAGUGGAUCCCUUGUCAGUCGGUCACCUGUAGAAUUUCCUGAUACUGCUGAUUUUCUUACUAAGCCAAGUGUUAAUUUACAUAAACCUCUGGGAUAUACAUUUAAUUCUUCAGAUUUUCAGCAACAAGUUAAAGCUUCUACAAGCUAUACUUGUAACAGCUGUGGACAUCAACUUCUCAAGCGUAUUUCAACAUCACAGUCAGAAUCUGGUGCAGAAUAUCAAGGCAGAAAAUCAGGUGAAGAUGGAACCACUGGUAUUUCAAAAGAGUCAGUCCACCAUACAGAGGGAUGGAAAGAUGAAAGAAAAGAAAGCAGAGACUGCAGAAAAAAGUUGAUAGAAAGUGACAAUCAGCAAAUGGCUCAAACACAGAAUAACCAGCAAUCUGAUAUGAAACAGGAUCCUUCAUUAGAACUGAUGAUAACAGAAGAUCAUGAAUCAUUAAUGGAGAAGAUGAACAAUUGGAAUUUCCAAAUUUUUGAUCUAGUGCAAAACAUGGGAGACAAAUCCGGAAGGAUCCUUAGCCAGGUGACAUACACCUUGUUCCAAGACACUGGCUUGUUUGAAAUUUUCAAAAUUCCAACACAAGAAUUCUUGAAUUACUUUCGUGCACUAGAAAAUGGCUACCGAGAUAUUCCCUAUCACAAUCGUGUACAUGCCACAGAUGUUCUUCAUGCAGUAUGGUAUCUCACAACACGGCCCAUUCCUGGGUUUCAGCAAAUUCACAGUGAUCAUAUAAUGGAAAGUGACCUGGAUGCAGAGAGUGAUAUUGCCCCUGGUCAAGUCAGUUAUAUUUCUUCAAAGAGCUGCUCUAUUGUUGAUGACAACUAUGGAUGCAUGGCAUCAAACAUUCCUGCCCUGGAGUUGAUGGCUCUGUAUGUAGCAGCUGCCAUGCAUGAUUAUGAUCAUCCAGGUCGUACAAAUGCUUUUCUAGUGGCUACAAAUGCACCUCAGGCUGUGCUCUACAAUGACAGAUCAGUCCUAGAAAACCAUCAUGCUGCUUCUGCAUGGAAUCUCUUUUUAUCUCGACCAGAAUACAAUUUUCUACCUAAUCUUGAUCAUGUGGAAUUCAAACGGUUUCGUUUCUUAGUGAUCGAAGCAAUCCUCGCAACAGAUCUCAAGAAACAUUUUGAUUUCCUUGCUGAAUUUAAUGCCAAGGCCAAUGAUAUAAACAGUCAUGGUAUAGAAUGGAACAAUGAGAAUGACCGCCUGCUAGUUUGUCAAAUAUGCAUCAAAUUGGCAGAUAUUAACGGCCCAGCAAAAGUUAGAGAUCUGCACCUGAAAUGGACAGAAGGCAUUGUUAAUGAAUUUUAUGAGCAGGGUGAUGAAGAAGCAAGCCUUGGAUUACCAAUUAGCCCCUUCAUGGACCGUUCUUCUCCUCAACUUGCAAAAUUACAAGAAUCUUUUAUUACUCACAUAGUUGGCCCCCUUUGUAAUUCCUGUGAUGCAGCUGGCUUGCUUCCAGGCCGGUGGCUUGAUGAAGAGGAGGAUGAUAUAGAAAGUGCGGAAGAUGAAAAUGGAGAAGAAAUGGAGAGUGAAGAUGAAGAAAUGGAAGAUGAUUUUGGUCAAAAACUACAAAGAAAAAAAGGCAGAAGGCGAAUAUUUUGCCAGCUAAUGCACCAUCUGAGUGAAAAUCACAAAAUAUGGAAGAAUGUGAUUGAAGAAGAAGAAAAAAAUAAUAAAGCUGAAGGGAGUAAACUGCAGCCAGAUAACUCAUCCUUACCUCAAACAGAUGAAAUUCAGGUUAUUGAGGAAGCAGAUGAAGAAGAGGAACGACAGCUAGGAGAGGAGAAAUCAUGUUGAGAAGACUUCAGACUGAUGUACAAUACAAUAGCAGAAAGCAUAUAUUCAGUUUUCACUGUGCUGACUAUAGACUAACACAGUUAACAUGCAGUUGAAAGGCCUUAAUACUGUGAGAGG